AUGACUUUCGUAUCCCUCGCCUACCAGCAGCAUCUCACGACCUCUCCACAAGACCGAGCGUCAACCUCUCCGCUCGCCUUCCUCGACGAUCCCUUCCACAGCUAUACCUCGACAUUUCUCUUCUUCAGCACCAUCAUCCUCGCUUCCUUACUCGUCUUCCACCUCAUGCGUUACCAUUACCGCCGCGCGAAGAAGUACUCCAGCGCCUGUCCAGCCUGUGCGCAAAUCCAGGCGGCGUCAGACGCUACUACUAGCCAGAACCCCCAAGCAAGAGACAUUGCCCAUCCCCGUCUUGACAGCGCACUCAACCGAUGGCCAUGGAGGAACGAAGCUGCACCACCUUCUUCAGGAUCACUGACAGGAAAUCUAUUCGACCAAGGAGACGGUACCUACCACUACGGCCCCCCAACCAUAACCCCAUCAUCUACCUUCUACACUCCCCUCUCACGCGGCAUAACAGUACCCUCCAAUGUAUAUCAGGGCCUGUACUGCGAUCUCCACAGCGCUAGCGGCAGUAUCACGGAUUUGCAGGACUCGGGAUUCACGCACACAGGUUUGGAUGGGGUCGGAGGGGAGCAGAGCGAGCGGAACAGGGUGUCUAGAUGGUGGCCGGCGGCGUUGCAGCAGGUAGUGGUGGGGGAUGUGAAGGAGAGCUCGAUUGCGAAGAGGAGGUCGACCUUAAAACGGGAAGAUUGA